AUGACAGCAGUGCAUCGAGCCAUUAUAUGUCUCCUAAUCAUUCUCCUCCUCCGAUCGACUCGAUGCCAGCGACGAUUCAAUGCACAGUUCUCUCUCGGUGACAACACAGAGGGUGGAUAUAGGGUGGGGAAUUUGUUUACCGGCCGCCCUAACAGUUUGCCAUAUGAUCAGGGUUUCCAUUCUGCCAUGAUAAAACCUGAUGACCAUUUUGGGUUAACGACCAACGGUGACAUUAUAACAACCCACGCCAUCGAUCGUGAUGUGAUUUGCAAUAAAUUGGACUGCUGCGAUCGUCCAAUCUGCUACAUGCAUGCGGAGGCCUACUUCUUUACCACUCGGCCGCAUCCACUCGUUUUUAAUGUGACCAUUACACUCACAGAUGAAAAUGACAAUCCGCCUAAGUUUGAUGUGCCGCGAGAGAACUUGGUGAAACUGCCAAGCUGGAUACCUGACCUGUAUCGAACACUUCCAUACAUACAGUUAUCGGUACCUGAAUCAGUUGGAAUAAACUCUAAACUGUCCCUUCCACUAGCUAGUGAUCCUGACUCGACUGAUUUUGGGAUUAACUCAUAUGAGUUGCAGCCGCUCCAUGUGAACACCACAUCCUUGGUCAGUCCAUUUCGACUGGUCCAUGAAAGAUCACGCCAUGGGGCUGAAACUCUGACAUUGAUUGCUGGUCGAAAUCUUGAUCGCGAAGAGCAAGACAACUACUGGUUUUUGUUGACAGCACUGGGAAGUGGAUCUCCACCUCUCUCCGGUAACCUGCUGCUUCAAAUUCUAGUGGAUGACGUCAACGACCACGCCCCCAUUUUCCAACAGCCACCAUCUACAUCUGGGCAUACUAUUGAAUUGCCAGAGAAUAUUCCAAUUGGUAAAGUGGUCUAUACUUUUAGAGCGACAGACCAAGACGUGGGAGACAAUGGGAAGUUAACAUUUUCGAUUAACUAUGGCGCUAGUAUACCUAGAACUUCUGCUCUUGCCAACAAGUGGGUUUUGGAUCCCGUAACUGGUGAUCUCUCCGUUGCCGGCGUUCUAGACUAUGAAAAUAAGGAAGACAGAAAAUUUGUCCUCUCUCUGCUUGCUAAGGAUGGUGGUAAUCCUCCGUUAACUGCAACAUCAACAUUCACCAUUCUUAUCACUGAUUUGAACGAUAACCCUCCUUCAAUUGAGGUGAAGUCUACAGGGGAAACGGGCGAUGAUAGGAGGCAAUUCGAUAUUGAGGAAAAUGACAGCGAAGUUAGACUCCUCAAGCUCAUUUCUGUGAGCGAUCCCGAUUCUAACUCUGAAGAAGGCAUAUCAUGUUAUCUUAGUGAGAACCGUAAUGAUUUUGCUCUUCAAAAAUACAGUUCUCUACUCUACGGCCUGUUUAACAGCAGAGCAUUCGAUUUUGAAAAAAAUGCUGACCUGGAUGGACAUUUGAAUGUUGGCCUCUCUUGUGCAGACAAC